UGACCCUCUCAGGAAAGACUAUCACUGAAAUGAAAGCAAUCUCCCGGGCAGGCCUCCAGCACCUGGCUCCCGCACAUCCUCUCAGCCUUCCUGUGGCAAAUGGUCCAGCGAAGGAGCCCAGAGCGACUCUGGACUGGAGUGAGAAUGCUGUGAACGGGGAGCACCUGUGGCUGGAGACCAACGUCUCAGGCGAUCUCUGCUACCUGGGAGAGGAGAACUGCCAAGUCCGAUUUGCUAAAUCGGCCCUCAGGAGGAAGUGUGCGGUCUGUAAAAUCGUGGUUCACACUGCCUGCAUUGAGCAGCUAGAAAAGAUUAAUUUCAGAUGUAAACCAACAUUUCGAGAAGGAGGUUCAAGAUCACCAAGAGAACCUAAUUUUGUACGUCAUCACUGGGUGCACAGGCGCCGGCAGGAGGGAAAGUGUAAGCAGUGUGGUAAGGGCUUCCAGCAAAAGUUCUCCUUCCACAGUAAAGAGAUCGUGGCCAUCAGCUGUUCCUGGUGCAAGCAGGCGUUUCACAACAAGGUGACCUGCUUCAUGCUGCAUCACAUCGAAGAACCCUGCUCCCUGGGAGCUCAUGCUGCUGUCAUUGUCCCGCCCACCUGGAUCAUUAAGGUGAAGAAACCUCAGAACUCCCUGAAGGCUUCAAAUCGGAAGAAGAAGAGAACAAGCUUUAAAAGAAAAGCCAGUAAAAGAGGAACUGAAGAAAACAAAGGUCGUCCUUUUGUGAUAAAACCUAUCUCUUCUCCUCUCAUGAAACCCUUGCUUGUGUUUGUGAACCCCAAGAGUGGAGGCAACCAGGGAACCAAAGUCCUGCAGAUGUUCAUGUGGUACCUAAAUCCACGGCAAGUCUUUGAUCUUUCUCAGGAGGGGCCCAAAGAUGCGCUGGAGCUGUAUAGGAAAGUUCCAAAUCUGCGAAUUCUGGCCUGCGGUGGGGAUGGAACGGUGGGCUGGAUCCUUUCCAUCCUCGAUGAACUGCAGCUGAGCCCGCAGCCUCCUGUUGGGGUCCUUCCUCUGGGGACUGGGAAUGACCUGGCUCGGACUCUCAACUGGGGAGGGGGCUACACUGAUGAGCCUGUUUCUAAGAUCCUAUGCCAAGUAGAAGAUGGGACCAUUGUACAGUUAGAUCGCUGGAACCUGCAUGUGGAAAGAAACCCAGAUUUGCCACCAGAAGAACUUGAAGAUGGCGUGUGUAAGCUUCCUCUGAAUGUUUUCAAUAACUACUUUAGCCUUGGAUUUGAUGCUCAUGUCACACUGGAGUUCCAUGAAUCCAGAGGUGAGGACAACGUCCCAUUUCCAUCUCCCAGGGAGGAAGUUUCCAGCAG